AUGAAGUCAGACCCGAAGUGAAAGUGCUGCCGCUGCUGCUGCUGCUGCUGCUGCUGCUGCUGCUGAUCGUUUUUCCCUGGAUUCUCUGCUUCAUUAGUCAACACAGAGGCUUUGUUCAGCUCCUCCCUCCUCUCUGUGUGUCACAAAUUGAAUCAUGGGGACCUGUGACCUCAACGUGAACUCUGACCCUGCCAGGUCGCGACCUUGCGCUCGGCGCCAGAGUGUGUUCAGCAGCAUCAAGUUCUUCGUGUUCUGCCACAGUCUGCUGCAGCUCGCUCAGCUGCUGGUGUCGGGCUACAUGAAGAGCUCCAUCACCACCAUCGAGCGGCGCUACGGCCUCUCCAGCCAGAAGUCCGGGCUCCUCGCCGCCUUCAACGAGGUUGGAAACACCAUCCUCAUCAUCUUUGUGAGUUUCUUCGGAAGUCGCGUCCAUCGGCCGCGGUGCAUCGGGGGCGGAGCUCUGCUGGCCUGCUUUGCCUCGUUACUUAUGGCUCUGCCGCACUUCCUGAGUGGACCGUACGAAUAUACCGCCCACAUGAGCUCAGCCUCGAGUGAUAACACCUCUGACCUCUGCCAAUCACAAAGCCUCCUCACCUCUUCGUCCGCCAAUCAGAACUGCAGCCAGCAGAAAAGCCCCGCCCAGGAGGGCGUGUACCCUCUGCUGCUGCUGGGUCAGCUGCUGCUGGGAAUCGCCACCGUUCCCAUCCAGCCCUUCGGCAUCUCCUACAUCGACGACUUCGCCAGCAAGAGCAACUCGCCUCUCUACCUGGGAAUCCUCUUCGCCAUGACCUCCAUUGGCCCCGCCUUAGGCUUCAUCAGCGGCUCCAUGAUGAUGCGAUUUUACGUCGACUUUGACAAGUUCCCCAGAGAUGAGAUCCAGCUGGAUCCUAAAGACCUGCGCUGGGUGGGAGCGUGGUGGCUCGGCUUCCUCGUGGCCUCCUGCCUCCUCUUCCUCACUGCACUGCCGUACCUCUUCUUCCCCCGGGACAUGUGCCGAGAGGACGAUGCAGACGAUCCUGAGUCCAGACCAGGCGCUCAGACAAAGUCAGAGCCUCUACAGGAAGUCUCCCUCCUUCACUUCCUCAAAAGUUUCCCUCGCAUUGCUCUGCGGACGCUGCGCAGUCCCAUCUACCUGCUGGUGGUUUUGGCUCAGGUCAACCUGGCAGCGAUGCUCGCCGGCCUCUCCACCUUCAUGGCCAAGUUCAUCGAGAGACAGUUCAGCCAGACCGUCUCCUUUGCCACCAUGAUGAUCGGCGGAGUCGGGAUCCCGCUGGCGGUCCUCGGCACCGUCCUGGGUGGACUUCUGAUGCGAAGGAUGAGUAUUUCAGUCAGUGGAGCCAGCAAGUUGUGCACCACCGUCAUCCUGCUCUGCAUGUUCACCGCCACGCCGCUGCACCUCAUCGGCUGUUCCACCCAGACAGUCGCCGAGGUCUUUCCUCCCAGCUCUGACACGUUAUCGUGCAGUUCUAACUGCCGGUGUCCUCAGGACGCCUUUAAUCCGGUCUGUGGUUCUGACGGAGUGGAGUUCAGGUCUCCCUGUCACGCUGGCUGUAUCACCAUGGAAAUGGGCAUCAAUGGCAAAAUCACAAACUACACUGAGUGUCAGUGCAUCAGUGGUCUCGGCUACGCCUCACCUGGAACCUGCGGCAGUGGCUGUGCGCACCUGCUCCUCCCCUUCAUGGUUCUUCUGGGUAUCACCUGCUUCAUCGCCUCCUUUUCGCAGACGCCAUCAUACAUGAUGAUACUCAGGACGGUGUCCACAGAGGACAAGUCUUUUGCUGUGGGAGUUCAGUACAUGCUAUUCAGAGUGCUCGCGUUUAUGCCGUGCCCGGUGUUGUACGGCACCGUCAUCGACACCACCUGCCUGGCGUGGGGCAAAAAGUGCGGCAAGCAAACUUCCUGUCUCUACUUCAACCUGGACAGUUUCAGACACAGCUGCUUGUUGUCUCUCAGUUCCUGUCACACAUAUUUUCUCCUUGGGAUUUUUGGAUCUUUGUUUCUGGGUCUGCAGGUGGUCUUCCUGUGCGGUGCGCUGCUCUGUUUCCUGCUCACUGUUGUGGUCCUGCGGCGGAGAGCCAGACAUCAGGAGCUGGAGCUGAAUGGGAGAGGAGGGUACGAGCAGGCGAUUGAGCAGAAAACUACGGAGGAAGCUGCGUUGAAGGACGACGGCAUCCGGAAACACAUCAAGACCUGAAAACCGCCGCAAAUCAGAGGACGUGAGGAUGGAUAAACGAAAGGAAGCGGGAGUGACCCCAUCGUCGGUGAAUGAACGGGAACGACGGUUCCUCCCGACAUUUACAUGUCAACAAACACGUAAAUACAUGCACAGCCUAAUUUCUGGUCAUGUUCUUCUCCUGUGAUGUACAUAAGCUAAUCCAUAUCUGUGAUGUACAUAAACUAAUCCAUAUCUGUGAUGUGCAUAAGCUAAUCCAUAUAUGAACAGUAUGUACUGUAUAUAGCUGCAGAUGUGUUGGUUUUUAUACAUUGAUAACUUUAAACACACGCUGCAGUGAAGUGAACAGGAAAACUGCAGGGCACUAGACCUUUGUGGCCAUUUUGUUAGCCGUGUUAGCAACAUAUAGCUGCAGGACUGACGAGGGCAGCUGAUCCGUCCUUUAUGAAGAUGGAGGUCUCAUCAGUGGUUAGGGCUAGUGCGAUCGGUUCUGUGAAUUGCCAGCCAUGGCAAAAAAAAAAAGCCUUUAUUGAGAAAAACAAUAGAGAAACGUACCAAUACGCCAAAAUUAAGGACAUUAAUCCAAAGUUUUAAUCGCUGUUCCAUGGAUGAAAUGUGAAUAUGUGAUUUUUGCCAGUCAUAAAAUCAACUUCAUUAUUUGUCAAACGACCCAGAAAGUCCAUUUAAACUAAGAUUCAGGUUUUAGACAUAGAUCAGGAGACUGGUGCUGUGUUUACACCGAACGCAGUUUGUCGCGCUGGUUGCGAGUCGCCGUAUUUUAAACAGAGGUAACGUAGCAUUUCUUUCAUCAUCAACCAAAGCAUUGUUGCACUCUCAAUAUAGAAAUGUCUCCAUUUCAGCGCUUUAACAGGGACAUUAUUAUUUAAAUGGACUUUCACUGGGUCGUUUGUUCGUUUCUCUAUUAUUUCUUCAUUAUUAUCUUUCUGAAGGAAAAUUCCAUAUUGCCAGAGAAGGCGGAGUUUAUCACAAGCCCCGCCCCUUCCCACAGAAGCAUUUAUUAAGCAUCACGUGAAAGUCGUGGAUGUUUUUCAGUUUGUUUGAUUUUUUAAAAAAAAAAGAAAAAAAAAUAUAUUUUACUGAUUAUUCCACGUUUUUGUCGCUUCACUGAGAAUCAUGUUAUCAAGAUAUUAUGUUUUGUUUUUUACAUCAUCUGAAGACUGGAGUGGAUACUGAGUCUGUAUAUUAUGCUGAAAACGCCUGAAUCAUCAUCAAGCUAUUUGUAUUUUUAUAAAAAAAUGUUUUUUUAACGUUUUAUAUGAAUGACUUACUCUAGUUCUCUAGCUUCCUGCAGCACAAAUCAAGACUAAAUUCAUUUUUCAGUUUUUACGUUACUGAACAUUUCCCUCGAGCAAAAACAUUGAAUAUCUUUAAUAUUUUUGAUUAAUUCUCUUUGGGACUUGGAGGCUCGAGAAGACGCAUCAACAGGAAGUGUCUGUCAGUCAAACUCAAGCGAAUAACUAAAAAUAAUCAUAAAACCACAACGGUCAACAAAAAGAAGAUUCUCCAGUUCUGGUUCUGCUCAAUUUUACGUUUACGAAUGAUAAUAAUAAAAAUACUGACUGAGUUUUGUUUAAAAUAAAAAUGUCUCACACUUUC